AUGGAAUACGACGCAUCUCAUAAAGCUUCUAGCGUGACUAGUACAACAAGUAAUUCAUCCAUUUGGGACCCUUUGCCUUCACUCUACACUGGACGUGCAGACUCCGUUUCCAGUGCAUACGAUGAGCUUCCUGAGCCUGAGCCAAUAGAAGGUAAGCCAACAAAAAUUGAUUUUUCUCUGGAAUUCCCCUCAUCUCAUGGGAAAAGACGUCUUGAAGAAGAAGAGAAUCGAGAAUUAUUAUCUGAUGAUCAGAAACGAGCCAAUCAUAUUGCAUCUGAGCAAAAACGACGUAAUACCAUCCGUGGUGGAUUUAAAGAAUUGACAGAAAUCAUUCCGACCUUAAAGAAUAUCAAUAAUUCCAAGAGUACCAUUCUAUUCAAGUCAGUUGAUUAUAUUAAACAACUUGACAAACGAAAUAAGUCUCUAAGAGAAAGAUUAUCGCUUUUACAGCAGCAACGAAAGAAGCCAAUCACUCAUAAGAAACAAGUUCAGUUGCUUCAAGAACAGUUACGAGCACAACAAGAAUUAUUAACAAGACAUAAUAUUCAUUCGAUACCUCUUUACACUACCCAUUCUUCUAUUUCGAUUCCUGCCAUGGAUGAUACUCCCGUUACUUCAACAACAAAUUCUCCUACUAUGCCUCAUGCAUCAUUACCAACUGUAAAUAUUCAUCAUCAUCAAUUUCAUCAACAACAACAACAAAAUACAUAUCAAACGUCUGCCGCUCUCGUCAUCCCUGCAGAUGAUUGGUCUCAUUCAAACGCUCCAAGUUUUAAUAUUCCGGCUGAUGAUCAUCAUCAUCACCACCAUUAUCCUCAACACUCUUUUCGUGAAAGAUUAUUAAGUUCUGGUAAAUUAAAUCAUUUAAGAAAAGACGUCUUGUAA